GAUUUAAAUGUGGAUGAAUUUGAAGAAAUAUUUAAAACUAAAGCUCAAGGUCCAGCCAUUGAUCUUACUUCAAGCAAGCAAAAGAUAACUCAGAAAGGGUCAAACAAAGUCACGUUACUGGAUGCCAACAGGGCCAAAAAUCUUGCCAUUACUUUAAGAAAAGCUGGAAAGACAGCAGAUGAAAUAUGCAAAGCUAUUCACGUGUUCGACCUGAAAACGUUGCCGGUGGAUUUUGUUGAAUGCCUCAUGCGGUUCCUGCCCACCGAGAACGAAGUGAAAGUGCUGCGGCUCUACGAGCGAGAAAGGAAACCCAUCGAGAACCUGUCUGACGAAGACCGGUUCAUGAUGCAGUUCAGCAAGAUUGAGAGGCUGAUGCAGAAGAUGACCAUCAUGGCGUUUAUAGGCAACUUUGCAGAAAGCAUCCAGAUGCUGACCCCGCAACUUCAUGCAAUAAUAGCUGCGUCUGUCUCAAUAAAGUCAUCCCAAAAGCUUAAGAAAAUACUGGAGAUAAUCUUGGCUCUUGGAAACUACAUGAACAGCAGUAAACGAGGAGCUGUGUAUGGAUUUAAGCUACAGAGCUUAGACCUGCUCCUAGAAACGAAGUCGACGGACCGAAAGCAGACCCUGCUGCACUAUAUUUCAAAUGUGGUCAAGGAGAAGUACCAGCACGUAUCCCUCUUUUACAAUGAACUGCAUUACGUGGAGAAGGCUGCUGCAGUGUCUCUUGAAAAUGUCCUCUUGGACGUGAAGGAGCUGCAGAGGGGCCUGGAUCUGACGAAGCGCGAGUACACCAUGCAUGACCACAACACGAUGCUGAAGGAGUUCAUUCAGAACAACGAAGGGAAGCUAAAGAAACUGCAGGACGAUGCCAAAAUAGCCCAGGAUGCCUUUGAUGACGCUGUGAAGUACUUUGGGGAGAAUCCCAAGACGACACCCCCCUCAGUCUUUUUCCCAGUGUUUGUCCGGUUUGUGAAGGCCUACAAGCAAGCAGAAGAAGAGAAUGAGUUGAGAAAAAAACAGGAACAGGCCUUAAUGGAAAAACUUAUGGAGCAAGAAGCACUGAUGGAGCAACAGGACCAAAAGUCUCCUUCACAUAAAACAAAGAGACAGCAGCAAGAGCUGAUCGCAGAGCUCAGACGGCGACAAGUCAAGGAUAACAGGCAUGUGUACGAAGGGAAGGAUGGUGCUAUUGAAGAUAUUAUUACAGAUCUUAGAAACCAGCCGUACCGACGGGCCGACGCGGUGAGGAGAAGCGUCAGGCGGCGCUUUGAUGAUCAGAACUUGCGCUCUGCAAACGGUGCUGAAAUAACCAUGUGA